GUGAAUACUUAUACGGAGCAUUGAAAUUCACGAUUCCAAUCUAGGCGGACUUUGAAAACCCUUGCGGUAAAGCAAAAAAUCUUGGCGGCAAGAACCUCAUAUUUUCUCCUAUUUAAGAUAACAAAAAUCGUCAAACCAUAUCAUCGAUUCUCUUCUCCAUCUGCGUUAGUGACUACAGAUUAACCAAGAGGUUAGUUUCUACACCUUGAUUUUUUUAAUGAACUUUGAUUUAUUCUAUAUAUUUGUAUAUUCGAAGAAUGGAUUUAAGGGUUGAAUUGUAUUUUGAGGUUUGAUGAGUUUGAAUUGUAUUAUAUGCGGCCAUUGUUUAGUUUUAAGCACCGUUUUAUUACUCAAAUACACUAUCCAAUAAUCGAAUAUAUAUGUAUGUAUUUACCCUGUUUUGUAGUUAUGUGUGCUUGGUUUGUUCUGUCAUUGGAUUCAUUAAAUAUUCUGAGUUUUAUUCUAUAUUGAAACAACUUUUCUGUGAUUACGAUGGUAAUUUCUGGUUGUGUAAUUUUUUGUUAUUGGCUUGCUUUAUACGUAUUAUUUUGUUUUGGUUGUAGUUCCAAGUUAUACUUUGUGUUCAGAAAGAGCCCAUAUUAAGUAUUCCUCAAGUUAUUGCGAUUAUGAUGUGAUAUUCUUUGAUAAUUUGUUCAAUAUGUAAGUUUAAAAUUGAAAUUUUCAGUCAAGCCAUAUAAUCAUAGCCAUACAAUCAUUUCUAAAGAUAUUUCACAGCCCGUUUAAAACAAAAGCUUCCAAUUUGAAAGUUGUUUUCUUAAGUUCGAAACCCGUCAAACCCCUCAAUUUAGUUAGUGAAAGAAGCUAGUGCAGUAUGGACCCUUGUUUUUAUAAAAAAGAUGUAUUAUAUACUGAUUAAAUGGAGUUAUAUUUCUUUUGGUGUUAGUGUGGACCAUGGACUGCUCAGAACAAGACGAAAUUACAAUGUGCAUGACAGCUUAUGUUAUUGCGUUAAAUUUUAGAAACUUCCUACUAGUUGUGCUUGCCAUGUUAGAAUAUUAUAAAGACUUUUAUUAUAAGGAAGAGGAAAAGAUGUCAAAAAGGAAGUGCUUAUGAGAGGUAUGAAAUUAGACGUGUUAAUUUUAGAAGAAUGAUUUGGGAUGACGAUAUAUAAUGUGUAGAUAACAUUAGGAUGGAUAGGAGAGCGUUUUACGUGCUGUGUGACAUGGUUGAAAGUAUUGGCAUGUUGAAAUCAACAAAGAACUCAACCGUUGAGGAAAUGCUUGCUUCAUUCAUCUAUAUACUCACUCAUCAUACUAAAGUUAGAGUGACCAAAAGAGAAUUUGUGCGUAGCGGUGAAACAAUAAGCAGACACUUUAAUAAAGUCUUGCUUGCUAUCUUGAUACUGCAUGAAGUUUUGCUUAAGAAGGCUGAACCGGUGACUCAAAAUUGUAAAGAACAUCCUUGGAAAUGGUUUAAGAAUUGUCUAGGAGCGCUAGACGGAACUUAUAUUCAGAUAAAUGUCCCCGAACAAGAAAAGCCUAAGUAUAGGACAAGGAAGGGUGAUUUAGCAACAAAUGUACUUGGAGUUUGUUCUCGGGAUUUACAUUUUAUUUACAUAUUACCUGGGUGGGAAGGUUCUGCUGCGGAUGCAAGGGUAUAAAGAAGUGCAAUUUCUCGACCAAAUGGCUUUGUAGUUCCUCAAGGUUGCUACUAUCUAUGUGAUGUCGAAUACAGCAAUGCAGACGGGUUUUUAGCUCCAUAUAGAGGCCAACGGUAUCACAUAAAAGAAUGGAGUCAACAGAAUUAUCCUAGAACAAAAGAAGAGUUGUUUAAUUACAAGCAUUCAUGUGCACGUAAUGUCAUUGAGAGAUCAUUUGGAUUAUUAAAAAUAAGAUGGGCAAUUCUUCGUAGCAGAUCUUGGUACCCUGUGAAGACAUAUUGUAGAGUCAUAACUGCUUGUGCUUUACUUCACAAUCAUAUAACAAGGGAGAUGCGAAAGGAUCCGCUUGAGGAUAAGGUGCCGAAAGAUUAUGUUGAUUCUGACCCAUUGUUGAAUGCCCCAAGCAUACAAGAUAUUGAGCAAUCUGCAGCUUGGACUGCAUUUAGGGAUAACUUGGCACAACAAAUAUGGAACGAGCGUCGAGCUAAUAGGAAUUAAUAAUCAUAUUAGUGGUUUUAUAUGUUUUUAUUUGUUAAGAAUCAUCUUAAUUUUUUGAUAAGAAAUAUGUGCACUCUUUUUGGCACUUUGUGAAGGAGCUGUUGUUACUCUUUGUUGUUAUUUAUAAUAAAAUACUAGUGAUCUAAA